UACACUAGUCAGUCAGUCAGUCAGUCAGGCAGUGAAUCAAAUUUUGGCAAAAAUUGAAUCAAAAAAGCUUAUUGGGUAAUAAAUGUAGGCUUCACCUAAACACUGCUGUAUAUUAUAUCGUCACCACUUACAAAAUAAAACACUCAUUUUCAUUUCCAAUCACACCCACUGUACGCACGGAUCAGCUAUGCCCAUGACGGCGCCGGCGCCGGCACCCAUCGCCUCCGGUUCAAAACCACAUUUGCUCUACAGAUGUCUUCUCAACCAACAUGCGCAGAAGAUGAGGAAAUCACUUCCUGUUUAUCAAACUCUAAAUGAAGGAUCUGAUCAUCUGCCAAAGUUUAGAUCUACUGUCACGUAUGAUGGUGAGAGCUACACAUCUUCAAACACAUUUCCAAACGUUAAGAUGGCUGAAAUGAAUGUGUCCGAGAUUGCAUACAAUUCCAUGAUUCGAAAGUCAAAGAGAGAAGCAUUGCGUCAUAUACUAGAGGAUAAAAGCAUAUGCAAGUCUAUUGUAAUCGAGUUUUCAGUUAAGAGGAAACUAGAAAGACCCAAGUAUGUGACAUGUCAUCAGGGGGGAGCAAUUGCUGUUUUCAGCUCUCAAUUGUCUUUUAAUGGUGAUACUUUUUCAGGAGACAAUGCUAAGAGCAUAAAAGAAGCUGAGCAAUUAGUUGCACGUGCCGUUAUUCAUAAGUAUCUAGAUUCUGAAUUUGCGAGUGAUAUGGCUGAGGUAAUUAAUUGCAAGUUUAGACAUGCUGCUGAAGUAAGUAAGUUUGAGGCGAUACACAAGGCUUACAAUGGCACAAAUGUUGUGGUAACUCAGCCAUCCGUUCCAGUAGUUCCUACAGGGCCAACAACUCCAGCUACUCCUGUGGUUGCUCAAGCUUGCACUGAGAAAGUGCUGACUGAGUCAACCCGUCCAGAUCCUCCUGUGGUAACUCAACCACACAUGAUUGAGCCCGUCACUACAGCUGCUCCUGUGGUGACUCAACCACACAUUAUUAAGCCCAUCACUCCAGCUGCUCAUGUGUUGACUCAACCACAAACUGCAAAAGUUGUGACUGAGCCUUUAACUCCAGCUACUCCGGUGGUAACUCAGCCACUCACUCCCAAAGAGCCGACCAAGCCAAUCACUCGUGCUGCUCCUGUGGAAACUCAUCCACUCAUUCCAAAAACUGAGCCAAUCACUUCAACUGCAAUUCAGCCACGCAUUCCAAAAAUUGAGCCAACCACUCACCCAAGUGCUACUGUGGUAACACACCCAGGCAUUCCAAAAAUUGAGCCAACCACUCCCUCAACUGCUAGAACUGUUCCUGUGGUAAUUCAACCACGUCAAGAGGGAAUUAGGCCAGCUGUUCGCAGGCCUGCAGUUUUGGCACCUACUACUGCAUCUGCUCAGGUCAACAUGGUAACACCAGCACAACACUCAGGGAAAGUGGCCAGUAAUUCAACAUUGGAUCAUUUUGUGGAGCACAAACCACUGACAGCUAGGCCUGUAGUUUUUGCACGGGCCUCAUCUGCUCAGGUGAACAUGAUAGCAUCAGCACCAAGCUCUGGGCAAUUGGCCAGUAAUUUAUCAUCGCAACGUUCUAUGGAGCACAAACGACUGACAUUACAAACUUCUGGGAGAAAACGCCACUGGGAAGAUGAUAAGAAUACACAAAAGAAGACGCGUGUUGAUACUCAGAGGCCUGUCCCUGGGACUCAUACAAGCCAAUCUCAGCCAUUUCGGUGGCAAAGUUCACAAAGCAAAGGGAAUUAUAGUAGAAUGUCACAUAAGAAUGCAUCUCAGCGCUAGUCCUUGGAAUUGCUUCUUGGGGGUAUAUGGAGUUUAGAUCUGGACCAUUAAGCUUUGAUUGUCUGCUGGCGUGGAUCUUAUUGUUUGAACAAAUUGUUAGAUUUUAGUUACUGUAGUUAGACUUUGGUAGAUGUCUACAUUUUCUGUUCUAGAUGGCAAGUCAAGGAAAUUAGAGUUAGUAAAAGUUUUAAAGUUAUCGAAAUUAGUCUUGUUAAGUUAAAAUAUGUCAGGAAAUCGUAAACUCAUCAUUAUGUCUACAUGUCUGCUGAUGCAUAUACAGUUGUAAGAUCGUGGUCAAAGGCUCAUUAGUUGCCUCUCUAUAUAUAAUCCGAAGUUGCAGUUUUAACCA